AUAAUAAUAUCAAUAAUAGGAACCGAGAAACAACCAUCACCACUAACAACUUCUGACUCAGAAACAGUGGGAAUUCAGCAUUCUCAACCCCGAAUCCUAAGAGCAGAGCGAAAAUGGCAACCACCUUUGCGACCGUCGUAGGAUUGGGUGGCGCAUCACUGUUGUCCACCUCAUCUCGUCUUACAUCGGGGUUUGUGAGACCCCAAGCGAGAGCGGGGAAUCCUCUGAGGCAAGGUGUGGCAAUGGCAAAUGGUGGGAGGGCAACGUGCUUUGAGAGGAAUUGGCUGCGGACGGAUUACAGUGUGAUCGGGUUUGGGUUGAUCGGAUGGAUUGCACCGUCUAGCAUACCGGCUAUCGACGGUAAAAGUCUCACUGGCCUCUUCUUUGAGAGCAUUGGAACUGAGCUUGCUCACUUCCCCACAGGACCUCCUCUUACUUCACCGUUUUGGUUAUGGAUGAUUACGUGGCACAUUGGGUUGUUCCUCUGCCUCACUUUUGGGCAAAUUGGUUUCAAGGGAAGGACUGAGGACUACUUUUGAAUUCCUGACUUAUGGUCUGUUUUUCCUUUGCUUUAUUUUUUCUGCCUUGCAAUCUAUGAUGUAUAACUCUUUGCUACCUUUUCCUCCUUACUAGGAAAAAUCUGUGUAAUAUCACCUUCAUAAUGUUGUAUAUUAUUAUUGUUGUACUUGUUCUCUCA